AUGGAUAACAAUAAUAAUAAAAAUAAUCAUAAAAGAAAUAUUAAACUUCUUUAUGAUAAUGUAAAUAAUAACAAUAACAAUAACAAUAAUAAUGAUAAUAAUAACAAUAGUAAUAGUAUAGAUAAUAACAACAAUAAUAAUGAAAAAGAAGAAAUGAGAAAAAAAUUAAAAAUUUCAAUAGAUACCGCCAUAGAAAAUAUUGAAGUCAAAGAAGCCAUCUCACAAUUCAGACAGAUAACAGAGUCUGAAUUAAGAAAGCUUUGCGAUACUGGUCUUGAUUUAAAAACCGCUGUAAAUAAACUUGUUCAUAAAAUUCAAUUUCCAGAUGAUUCAAAUCCGCUACAUUCCUCCAAUAUUAAUAUAUUGACCUCAUAUAAUAACAAUGUUAAUAAUAACAAUAAUGAAAACACUAAUGGUUUCGAAUCUCAAUCCGAUAAAGAACAAAUCAAAAUCAUUAUGGAAUAUAAAGGUGUCUCAGAAGAGGAGGCUAAAAAAGUAUUAACAUUGAAAAAAGAAAUUGUUAAUUUAAGAAAAAAUGGUCACAAUCAACAAAGUACAAUUAAUGAAUUAUCUAGAAGGAUUACCCUUGCCAGUUUAAAUUGUGUCAAUAAUAAUAAUAGGAGUAAUGAUAAUAAUGAUAAAAAUAAUAAUGAUAACAAAAACAACAAUAAUAUACAGUUAAUUAAUAGCGAAAAUAUAAAUAAUAUUAGUAAUUUAAAAUUGAAUAGCGAAAUAAAUAAUAAUAAUAGUAUAGGUAAUAAUAGUAAUAGAGAAAACAAUAAUAGGUUAAAAAGACAUUUUGAUGACUCAGAUCCAUUUUUCACAGGUAAUAGUUUAUCAAGCCAAAAUGAUAAAAAGAGAAGAAUAUAUAGAUUUUCAAAAAGAAAACAACGUUAUAAUAAUAAAACCGAUAGUAAUAGUGAUGAUGAAAUAGAUUCAACCAUCAAUAAAGAUGAUUCAGCCGAAUUGGAUGAAGAUUCAACCGAAUUGGAUGAAGACUCAACCGAGUUGGAUAAAAGUAACGAUAAUAACAAAAAUAAUAACAACAAUAAUAAUAUUACCAAAUUAAAUAGUAGAAGUUUCAAUAUAAGAUAUUUUAGUUCAUUUACAGAUGAUGAAUCAGAAGAUGAAGCUUUUGAUAAGAGUAAUCAAAAAGAUAACAACGAUUUAUUAGUGUUCAAAACAAUCGAAAAUGGCGAUAAUGAAAUAGAAAAUGAUAGCCCCAAUCACUUUAUAAACGAUAAUGAAGAUAGUGAUAGCUUUGAUGCAUCAUCAGAAUAUGGAGAUCAAGAGGUCACAAGAUUACCAACUACCACCACAACAACUACCACCACAACAUCGAUAGGUUUGAAUAGUCACUACCAUUCACUUUUUAGCGAAAACGAAGAAGAGGAUGACGAUGAUGAAAGUCAAGAAAUUGAUAUUGGCAAUAACAAUUUUCAAGUUACCAGAAAUAGAUAUAAAUAUUUUGAUGAUCAUUUUAUAGUUGAAAAUCAAGAAAAAAUAGAACAAAGCAGUUUCGAAGGCGAAGACUAUGAAGAAGACAACGAAGAAGACAACGAAGAAAGCGAUGACCAUUCUGUUUUCCAACCAAAAAGAAAUAGCGACUCGUUACCAUUCGAAACAUUUGGUAAUAGAUAUGAAAAAAAUUUCAAUAUUAAACUUAAGUCUUUUUCAAAUCAUUCAAAAAAGAAUACAACCCAAACCAUUCCCUCCUCUACCCCCUCUUCAUCAAACAAUACAUCGACAACAAGUACAACCUCAACAAAUAGUCAAUUUAGAAGAUUCAGAUUUGAAACCGUUUAA